AUGUCAACUACAGUCCUCACACUCCAGUCCUCCAACCCCACCGACGUCUCCUCCGCCUGCUCAACCUACUCCCUCACCACCCUCCAAUUCGAGGCGCUGCACGCCCGCAGCGCCGCUGCAAAGGCCACCGCCUAUUGCCCGUACUCGCGCUUCCGCGUCGGGGCCUCGAUCCUGACUGAGGACGGCGCAUUCAUCGAUGGCGCGAAUGUGGAGAAUGCUGCGUAUCCUGUAGGGACGUGUGCGGAGCGCGUGGCGUUUGGGAAGGCGGUCACGGAGGGGCAUAAGAAGUUCAAGGCUGUGGGUGUUGCGACGGAUAUCAGCCCCCCGGCUAGUCCUUGUGGGAUGUGCAGGCAAUUUAUCCGGGAGUUCUGCGAGCUGCAGACGCCGAUUUUCAUGUUCGAUAAGGAUGGUGCUUUUGUAGUGAUGAAGCUCGAGCAGCUGCUUCCAGUAUCCUUCGGCCCUGAGGCCUUGCCUCCUCCAAGCUUCUUGCCAGCAUGA